UGGCGGGAUAUCAAAGACUGGCACACCAGGCAGGACUCCGGGCAGCGGCACACCGGGCAGAGGCACACCCGGCAGGGGCACACCGGGCAGAGGCACAUCGGGCUGGACUCCGGGCAGAGGCACAUCGGGCUGGACUCCGGGCAGAGGCACAUCGGGCUGGACUCCGGGCAGAGGCACAUCGGAUCACCAGGCGAAGCGGCAGGCAGCGGGCCACCAGGCGGAGCGGCAGGCAGCGGGCCACCAGGCGGGGGCGGCAGGCAGCGGGCCACCAGGCGGGGCGGCAGGCAGCGGGCUACCAGGCGGGGCGGCAGGCACCGGGCCCCCAGGUCAUUUGGCUCGACAGCGAGCACCGCGUCAUCUGGCAAGGCAGUGGGCUCCGAGUCAACUGGCAUGACCGUGGGCACUGGGUCAGACAUUGGACCGUCUGGCUGGACAGCGGGCAUCGGGUCACCAGGCAUCAGGUCAUUUGGCUCGACAGCGGGCACUGCGUCAUCUGGCAAGGCAGUGGGCUCUGAGUCAACUGGC